GCGGGCGGGCGAGCCGGAGAGCGGCGGCGGCGGCGCGGGAGGGAAGGGGAGCGCGGCAGGCCCAAAGGGAGCCGCCCGGGGCGCACGGAGCCCGCGUGCCCUCCGGGACCGCCCCGGCCAGUGCAGUAUCCGUGGGCACCGGAGCCCCGGCUGCGGCGCACCGGGCCGAAGUGGCGGGUGGCCCGGGGGACCCUGGAAGCAGGAGAAGGAGCCGGAGCCCGGACGGGAUGAGAAGGUGACGCCGCCGGGGGGCGCCACUCGCUUUGUAGGAAGAUGCUCGCCUACUGCGUGCAAGAUGCCACCGUGGUGGACGUGGAGAAGCGGAGGAACCCCUCCAAGCACUACGUGUACAUCAUCAACGUGACCUGGUCCGACUCCACGUCCCAGACCAUCUACCGAAGGUACAGCAAGUUCUUUGACCUGCAGAUGCAGCUUUUGGACAAGUUUCCCAUUGAAGGUGGACAGAAGGACCCCAAGCAGAGAAUCAUUCCCUUCCUCCCAGGCAAAAUCCUCUUCCGGAGAAGCCACAUCCGGGAUGUAGCCGUGAGGAGGCUGAAGCCCAUCGACGAGUACUGCCGGGCGCUGGUCCGGCUGCCUCCCCACAUUUCACAGUGUGACGAAGUCUUCCAGUUCUUCGAGGCCCGGCCAGAGGACGUCAACCCCCCAAAAGAGGACUAUGGCAGUUCCAAGAGGAAAUCAGUGUGGCUCUCCAGCUGGGCCGAGUCUCCCAAAAAGGACGUGACAGGUGCCGACACCAGCGCCGAGCCCAUGAUCCUGGAACAGUACGUGGUGGUGUCCAACUAUAAGAAGCAGGAGAACUCGGAGCUGAGCCUCCAGGCCGGGGAGGUGGUGGAUGUCAUUGAGAAGAAUGAAAGCGGCUGGUGGUUUGUGAGCACCUCCGAGGAGCAGGGCUGGGUCCCUGCCACCUACCUGGAGGCCCAGAAUGGCACUCGAGACGACUCAGACAUCAACACCUCCAAGACUGGGGAAGUGUCCAAGAGACGCAAGGCCCAUCUGCGGCGCCUGGAUCGCCGGUGGACCCUGGGCGGGAUGGUCAACAGGCAGCACAGCCGAGAGGAGAAGUAUGUCACUGUGCAGCCUUACACCAGCCAAAGCAAGGACGAGAUUGGCUUUGAGAAGGGCGUCACCGUGGAGGUGAUCAGGAAGAAUUUGGAGGGCUGGUGGUACAUCAGAUACCUGGGCAAAGAAGGCUGGGCACCAGCAUCCUACCUGAAGAAGGCCAAGGAAGACCUGCCAGCACGGAAGAAGAACCUGGCAGGCCCAGUGGAGAUCAUCGGGAACAUCAUGGAGAUCAGCAACCUGCUGAACAAAAAGGCAUCGGGGGACAAAGAGACUCCACCAGCCGAAGGCGAGGGCCCAGAGGCCCCCGUCACCAAGAAGGAGAUCAGCCUGCCCAUCCUCUGCAAUGCCUCCAAUGGCAGUGCCCUGGCAGUCCCCGAGAGGACCGUCUCCAAGCUGGCCCAGAGCUCCCCGGCCGUCGCCAGGAUUGCCCCUCAGAGGGCCCAGAUCAGCUCGCCGAACCUCAGGACUAGGCCUCCCCCUCGCCGAGAAUCCAGCUUGGGGUUCCAGCUGCCGAAGCCACCAGAGCCCCCUUCUGUUGAGGUGGAGUACUACACCAUUGCCGAAUUCCAGUCGUGCAUUUCUGAUGGGAUCAGCUUUCGGGGCGGACAGAAGGCAGAGGUCAUCGACAAGAACUCAGGUGGCUGGUGGUACGUGCAGAUCGGUGAGAAGGAGGGCUGGGCCCCCGCGUCCUACAUCGACAAGCGCAAGAAGCCCAACCUGAGCCGCCGGACGAGCACACUGACCCGGCCCAAGGUGCCCCCCCCAGCGCCCCCUAGCAAGCCCAAGGAGGCUGAGGAGGGUCCGGCGGGCACUAGUGAGAGCCAGGGCUCCCCGCUGAAGCUCAAGUACGAGGAGCCUGAGUACGACAUCCCUGCCUUUGGCUUCGACUCGGAGCCGGAGCUGAGUGAGGAACCCGCGGAGGACAAAGGCCCGGGGGACAAGCGGCCGGCCCAGCCCCGCAGGCCCUCGCCCGCCUCCUCGCUGCAGCGGGCCCGCUUCAAGGUCGGCGGGUCCUCGGAGGACGUGGCCCCGGAAGAGGAGACCAUCUACGAGAACGAGGGCUUCCGGCCGUGUGCAGAGGACACCCUGUCCGCCGGACGUUCCUCCCGGGGCAGCGACUCCCCGGGGGGCUCCCCGCUGUCCCUUGCCAGGAAGAACUCCCCCAAAUCAGACUCCCCCAAGUCCUCCUCUCUCCUGAAGCUCAAGGCAGAGAAGAACGCCCAGGCGGAACUGGGGAAGAACCACUCCUCAGCCUCCUUUUCCUCGUCCAUCACCAUCAACACCACCUGCUCCUCCUCCUCCUCGUCUUCCUCCUUGUCCAAGCACAGCAGCGACCUGAAGCCCCGUUCUGCCUCGGAUGCAGGCAUCCGCGGCACGCCCAAGGUCGGGGCGAAGAGGGAUGCCGACCUGAAGGCAGGACUGACCUCCUGUGCCCGGGCCAAGCCGUCGGUCCGGCCCAAGCCGUUCCUGAACAGAGCGGAGUCCCCGAGCCAAGAGAAGAUGGACAUCAGCACUUUGCGGCGCCAGCUGAGACCCACGGGCCAGCUCCGGGGGGGCCUCAAGGGCUCCAAGAGUGAGGAUUCAGAGCUGCCCCCCCAGGCGGCUUCCGAGGGUCCCAACGAGGGGUCCAGGAGAGGCUCAGCUGACAUCAUCCCCCUCCCGGCGGCUGCGUCCCCGCGUCCCACCAAGAAGGAGCGGGAAGGGCAGGCCACCUCCUACACCACGUGCAGCGCCUACCAGAAGGUCCAGGACUCCGAGAUCAGUUUCCCCGCAGGCGUGGAGGUGCAGGUGCUUGAGAAGUUGGAGAGUGGCUGGUGGUAUGUGAGGUUUGGGGAGCUGGAGGGCUGGGCCCCUUCCCAUUACUUGGUGCCUGGUGAGAACGAGCCGCCGGACCCCGCUGGCAAAGAGCCAGAUGCGGUAGCCGCCAAGGGCAAGCAGGAGGGCAAGUCAGACAGCCUGGAGAAGAUCGAGAGGCGGGUGCAAGCGCUGAACACCGUCAACCAGAGCAAGCGGGCCACGCCCCCCAUCCCCUCCAAGCCCCCAGGGGGCUUCGGCAAGACCCCAGGGGCCGGGGUGGUGAAAAUGAGGAAUGGCGUUCGGCAGGUGGCGGUGCGGCCCCAGUCGGUGUUCGUGUCCCCACCCCCCAAGGACAACAACCUGUCCUGCGCCCUUCGGAGGAACGAGUCGCUCACAGCCACCGACAGCCUCCGAGGCGUCCGCCGGAACUCCUCCUUCAGCGCCGCCCGCUCCGCUGCCGCUGAGGCCAAGGGCCGCCUGCCCGAGCGGGCCGCCAGCCAGGGCUCGGACACGCCUCUGCUGCCCGCCCAGCGGAAUGGCAUCCCUGUGUCCCCCGUGCGCCCCAAGCCCAUCGAGAAGUCCCAGUUCAUCCACAACAACCUCAAAGACGUGUACAUCUCGAUCGCGGACUAUGAGGGGGACGAGGAGACAGCGGGCUUCCAGGAGGGUGUGUCCAUGGAGGUCCUGGAGAGGAACCCCAACGGCUGGUGGUACUGCCAGAUCCUGGACGGGGCGCGGCCCUUCAAAGGCUGGGUGCCCUCCAACUACCUGGAGAAAAAGAACUAACGGGGGAAGGGUCCUUCUAGCCUGAGGGUGGAUGGGGGUGGAGCGAAGACAAUAGGGGAAGGGAAAACGGGAGGGGGGUGGGGGGAGGGCUACAUUGAACCCUGCAGAAGCGGUGACCUCAAGGAUACUCCCCUCCGGGCUGUCCCCCAGCUGGAAGGUAAGGUCCGGCAGUGGCCCACCUUCAGCAGGAGGCCUGGGCCCAGAGGUGAGACAGCGGAGCCCUACGUGUGCACCGUGGUGGCUUUGCUGGUGGGCUCAGUGCCGCUGGGGACAGGCCCCGUGGGAAACCCCAGCCGGGCCGGGCCGUGGCUGCAGACCUGGGAAAGAUGUGGUCGAAGGGGCCUCCCGUGCCCUGCCCUCGCACAGCCCUGUUCCCGUCAUUGGCACCUCGUUACCAGAGGUGGCCCUCGUAUCGUCCUCACCUGUCGUCCUCACCUGUCAUCGUGAAUUGUGCUGGUUGCCCAGGGAUCGCCGCCACCCACCACCGGUGGCCGGGCAGAAGACACCACUGGCUUUGAGGCUUGGACACAUGUUUUAUGAGCCCAACCUGCCCCUGGCCAGGCCACUGUCAGUGUCUGUUCGUUGAAGAAAAAGCAGUUCCCCCGGUGCCCGCAGGGACCACCUUUCUUAGCCGUCACUGACCGUGAGCAGAGAGCCCACGCUGCCCGGCGCCCAUCAGGGCCCGCUGGCCCAGUCAGCAGAGCAGAUGGGCCUCCUCACGGUCUGCACAGACUUCAUUGUGGACAUUUCUGGGUGCACAGUUCUUGUGCAUGUUUUGGGGGAGGUUUAUUGAUUUUGGGCUUUUAUGUUGGGCCUUGGGUUUUGUUCUUAUUUUAGGGGUUGUUUGGGGGCCUAGGGACGGUCGGCCUCACGGGAGGGUAAUGGGUGGCCUCCCCUGCGGCACUCUCGCAGGGAGGCGGUUCGGUUGUGUUUGACGUGCGUCCCCGGAGUCAUUUCACUUGGUUUCCGCUGUGUGGACAGUUCCAGAGCCCGGCACUUGCCGGAGGCACCAGGGCUGAAGAAGCCCCAGGUCCCAGACACCUGAAGCCCGGCCCCAGGAGGGAGGAGGGCCUCGUUCAGGAGAAACGGUGGCCCUCAGGCCGCUGGGUAACCGCCAUUCUGUGUACAUUGUCCCGCUUGGGCAGGACUUGAAAGCCUCACGUGCGAACUAUGGAGAAGCGGCCAUCGCCCCACUCCUGGUCUGAGGGGACCCCGGCCGGGCCCCUUGGGCCAGACUGGAGCAGACACCACCAGCCACCCCCCAGCCUGCCAGCGAUGCCGCAGUUACCCAAGAAGAUGGAGAAGCCCGGGCCGGGAGCUGACCUGGUCUUCCCGAGGGGCAGUGCCCCUGGAGAGAUAGAAGUGAGAGAAUCGAUUCCCUGUCAACUUUGGGUCUUGCAAUUGUCAAUGUUUCCAAGGGGACCCUCCAGAAGCCGAAGCGGCUUCCCAAGGACUCACCCUUUGCUGGGAGUGGGUCUCCACACGUGCCUUUGAUUUCGGACAGAUCAGGCCUCACAGCCACGAUUCAGCUGCCAGAGUCCUGGGCUAAGGGUUGGUGUUCCCUGCAGAGGGGGAAAGGCCCUCUCUCCACCCCUGCUCCCCACCCAGGAAGUGCAUGUUGCCUGAAGGUGAGCAUGGGGCCCAGGUCUCACGCCUUCAGUGCCCCCUCCCGCCCCCUGCCCCCCGCCCCCAGGCCUUGCCUGGGACCUCCCCAGCCCUCUUCCGUCCCCUCCACCCCCUACACUGACGCGCGGCAGCUCAUGUUCUCUGUUAAAGGGCCGUGGUGAGAUUUUGUUUCCUUUUGUUUGUGAGUUUGUUUAAAAUUGAAAUUAGUUAUUUUCUUCUGCUGGACAGUAUUAUAUAGAGCAGGAUGUUGAGUUAAUCUGCUAGAUUGCAGUACUAAUAGUAGUGGUUUAGUGUCUUCAUAUUAUUAUUUGGACUUCUUUGAACAAUAAUGAUAAAGAAGUGGUUCAUUAUUUUUUUAAUUAAUGCACUUUAAUAAGGUAGAAUGGAAAGAAACCCAGAGAGCAAAGUGCAUUACUUAAAGAUGCAGUAUAUACUUUUCUCAUUUUUAAGCAGCACAUAUUUAUUAAAAGAAAAAAAAGUAAUUUAUGAUUAUUUAAAAUAAAAUUUAAAAGUAGAGUGACUUUUGGGUGAAAGGACCUUCCGCGGAGCUGUCUUCCAGGGCAGGGCCCCAGCGGCCUCACUCCUCAGACGUCUGCACUGAGCCAGUUCGAUCCGCAUCACGACGGCCAGGCCAGGAAGGCGUGCAGGGCGCAUCUGCCACGCACAGAGCAUCUCAGUCGGACUGGACCACAGCGCUCCCCAGCGCCUGUCUCUCCCUGCCCUUCCUCACUGUCUGCACUGCCCUGCGGGGCUCUCUACCACCACCAGGGCCCACAUUUCCCCAGCUCCACCCCCCCACCCCACCCCAGGACCUUCCCUCUUUGAUCCCCAGUGCUCUAAGGGAUGGUCAUUAAAAGUGACCUCAUAGGUCACGCCAUCCCAUCCCUUCCUGUUACUGCAGCCCGAGGACAGGAAACGGCUUUCCCAAAAUCACAUAGCUAAGUUGGAUGGCAGACCCCCCCACACUGCAUCGGUGCUUGCACUCCUACCCGCCCCCAUUAGAGUUUAUUGUGUGGUCAUCGUGUUUACAUUGUGGCACCCAGCCCUAAGGAUGGCUGGGAGUUGCUCAGGCAUCCAGGAAACGUGGGGAAUGCUGCCACCUGAUGGCAGCGUGUAGAUUUGGGCAGUGAACAGGUAUUGCCAUGCCCCAUCUUUGCCCCUCGCCCCUCACCAUCACCCCCUAGUACACAGCACAGCACAAACCCUGCAAACCGAAAGAGAAUAUUAAUACUUGAAGCAAAAAGGGUGCAUGCCAGUCCCUCUCAGACACGGCCAGGGGAUGCCACGCCUCGCGCCCCUGGACGCCGAGCCCUCCCCGGGGCAAGAGGGCCUUUCCUUAGAGCUACUGAGCUGCUUUGUGAUGUUGGAGGGUACUGCUAGCAGCAGGUGGAGGAGGGAGGGGCCUGUGGCUCUGACCCAUCUGGAGGAAAACCAGAUCGGACUCAAAAAAGGAAAAAGAAAAAUGAAAUCUCAGCAGUGUCCAAACCUAGUUUUCCAUUAGUUGCGAUUGAAAAUGUGAAAUGACAUUGUACGGCUGUAUACUGCAACUUUAAUCAUAAUGAGCCCUUCUGAGGUCAUUAUUGAGGUUUAUAUAAUGCCUGACGAUGCAUCAUUGGUGCUUUUUCUUUCCGUUGAGGGACUUUUUCUUUCAUUACAAGGGGAAAACAAUGUCUUCAUCUCUCUUCCACUUUAUAACAGCGGGCCUGGCUGGGCUUCCUGGCCCCACCAUGCCAUUUCCACGAGGCCGGGGAGCGCGGAGGCAGCGAGAGGGGGCUGGGAGGGGGGACCCUCCACAGCAGGUGUGCCGUCUGCUCCAAGCGAACUGCGGUCGGGGCCCUGCCUCGCCAGCCCUUGGCCCCGCCCACCGCCAGCCUGGCUCCAGCCGCCGCUCUUUGUUCCUCCUCAAUCCUCCGUCUUGACGAAGGCAUUAUAUAGAAUCAUUUUAAUCACUUUCAGAUGUUAGAGCAGCGUAUUUUACUGGCAUUUAUCCAUCGCUUUCCUCAGCAAGGCAUGUUACUACUCUUAAUCAUCUAAGGAAAAAAGACAAGGGAAUUUUGGUCAAGCAUUAUUUUCAUAUUACUAGUAUUUGCAGAAUAGGCGUAGAACUAUUUAAGUUAGACCUUGGGUUGGUAGUUCGUUUUGUUUUUAAGGGGGGGAAAAGAUAAGGUAACCCCUACUUUUUUUUGUAUUUAACUAAUAUAUUAUUUCUUUAAGGUUACUCACUUCCCCUAUUCCCUCCAAAUACUUUGCAUUCUCAAUCGAAAAUGAAAACAAUCUGAGAGACAGGAGACGUGCAAUAUUAUCAAGAGGGAUGCCAGGGCUUGUGGGCAUGGGUGAGAGGGCCAGUGGCCGCGUCUGUCGGUAGGGGAGGGGGGCUGCUGGGAGGAGUCAGAGCCGUGGACCAGACAAGCGGCCUUGUGGGUAUCAAUCUUUUUCCCCUCCUGCCCUGCUUCCCUGGCAAGGUGGCAGGGGUCCCCACCAGCAGGCAGCCCCUUUUUCUGUUGGGUGUCCUCCACCCAGAAGAAGGGGAUUCAGGGAAGUAGCGUGGGGCGCCCUGGGGCCCCAGCCCGCAGAGCAGAGCAAGGGCAUCCAGAAACUGUUCCUUGUUUUCAUUUCCGUUUGUCAGCCAGCUGCUAAGAAAGACCUGUCCUACAACACUCCCAGCAGCCCUCUCUCACCCCAUCUCCUGAUGUGUGGGCCGUGAUCCUUUGGAUGUAUGUUUGAGUCUUGCUAAAACUAUGUAACCUCAAGUUCAGUUCAUGGGCAGGAACCCUAGAUGUAAUCAGAUCUUCCUGGGGAAGGCGGGUGCCUUCAGCCCUGUGAGAUAUAUCCCAGUGAGACACGAGUUCCCACAGGCCUGCAGCUGGGCCUGGUGCUAAGCCCGGGCCACCCAUUCAUCUCAGUGACUUCAGCCGGGGAGCGAGCCAGGCCUCUGCUCAACACCCCAACAGUCCCCAGAGGGCCUCGGAGAAGCAUCCGAGGGGCCCACUCAUGUCUCUGUGGACAGAACUGUCCAUAACAGGUACCAAAGCGGCCCCCUCCUAACUUGGCACAGGUAGAGAGCGCAGCAGGGUGGGAAGUCUCUGGGUCCGAGCCCUUGGAGCUCUGCUCCUCGGCUGCGAAGGACAUCCUUGCCGGCUUGUUCCCUCCACCGCCAGUACUGUACACUUGCCGCUCCAUCCCUUCUGCCUGGUGACUUCCUGUGCAAACGUGGAUCUACGUGCCAAGUGGGACUGUGGCCCCGUGCGUGGGUGUCUCUCCGUGAGUGUGUACGUCUGUGUACAACCUUUGAGAAUCUUGACGCAGAGCUCUCUGGAAAGAGAACCAUCCAUGUAGCUAAAGAAUUAGGAUUCCCUCACUUUUUUGAGGGCCGCGUGCUGUUGAGAAAUUGCAUUUGUGUGUGUGCGCGUGCACGCGUGUGAGUGUUGCUAAUUUCCCACUUGAACUAAGUAAAAUGGGGUUCGAGAAGCAGAACACCAGGCAGGCUGUCUCCAUUGUACACGUCCUUGGCAUCGGGCAGGCCCCCCCGGGGACUCACAGCUUCUGGCAGCAAGUGUGUCUUCAUACACACAAUUCUGGCUGGAGAGUGCAAUGUGUCUUUAUUUUUUGUUUUUUGUAAUUAUUUUAUUAAGUAUGUAGUUGGAAACUUCACACUGGCAUUAACAGAUCUAGCAGAAGCAGCCCAGGCCACCGUCCCAGCUCCCACGUAAAGGUGUGGGAGAGAGACCGCGGGGCAUGGGAGUGCGGGCCGAGGGGCGUCAGCUGGGCCGCCGCCCGCAGGCGUGUUGGGCAGCAGCCCGGUUCCCACCCACUGCUGUGCGCGCCAUCACCGGGGGAAGCCGCUGUAAGGAAAGAGCUGCUGACCCUCAGUGCCUGUGUUUGGGGUGGGGGCAGGCUGCUCGGGGUGAGAACCUGCUCCCUGUGAGCUCGGCGGGCAGCUGUGCGUGUGCGUCAGCACCUCGGUCUAGACGUCAGGCCCGUCGGACACCACGGGAACAGUGCGGAGGGAUCCCCCUCGACUUUACUGAGAUUUUUGCCUAAAUCAUGAUCCUUGUGUGGGGCAGCCUCUCCGGUUCGCAUGCUCCAUGAUGUUAGCCACGCUGAGGUCAGCUUUCCUCCGGUUCUGUCCUGUGCACCUGGGCUCCCAGACGAGAAACGGGGCACGUUGGCCCUCACGGACUGGGCAGGGGUCUCUACCUUCCAAAACCCGAUCCCAACCCGCCUGUAAGGUUGAGAGGCCCCCCUACCCCAGUCCUAUCUUUUUAAUCUUAAGUUUGCACUUGACCUUGACAAUCAGCCCCCUCUCCCACCCCAGUCCUAGAACUUAGUGGCCUUAGAGAACAGGUCCCUGCGCUAAAGGUCCCUCCUUUGCCCCCAGUUCCAUCCGGCUAAUGGGGCUGGACUUCAGGAGGUGAGAGAGACAGAGGAAGGAAGGAUUGUUUUAAAGCAAAAGGAAGGCUCGAGCACGUUGGAAGUGAGCGAGAGGCACGUCGGCGAGAGGAGUAUGUGCACGUGUGGCAUGUUGGGGUGUCUGGGACUGCCGUCCCCUCCCGGGGAAGGUGGCUUCCAGAAGAGGAUGUCUUCUGGGCAGAGAGGGAAGUGUGAGAAGGCCGAGAGAGGGUUUGGAGUCUGGAGUUUUGUCUUUAUAAAGAAGGAAACAGUUGAUUCUGAAUGUUCCAGGAAGAAGUGAGCAGGUAAGGAGGGAAUUUAGUGAUUCAACACCCAAGGAUCCAGCCAGAGCUGGCUGGGAAGGCCGCAGGAUUCGGCCAUGAAAGCAGCCAGCCAGAGGGAACAGCUCCUCUACUCGCUGUGCCACAGGCGGGGUCCCCAGCAGGUUCUCGCUGAAUGGCCACUGGAUUCCUCAGUGGAGAGGGGAGGUCACCAGCAACAAACUGUGUUUGAGUUUGGAGGCCCUGGCUCCAGCGCAUUCCUCCAUCUCCCAAGUCCCUGGCUGGUUUUGCCCACCUUCCUUUGUCCAGUCCAGAGCUGGCCUCUCAAACUGCUUGAAGCGGAGACUAGUGACCGAAUGGGCCAUGUGGUCAGGACUCGCCACCCCCGGACCGGAGCCUCGGGGUCCAGGACCCCAGGGUUGUUCUCAAGUAUCCCUGGUGACACCUGCGGUUUUCAGUUUGCUGAGCCCGCCCCCCUGGAGGGACUUGGAAGAGGGGGUCCAAUGCGCACUCAUCUGCGAGCACGCCCUCUGGUUUCUAGUGGCCUAUGGCCAAGACACACUGCUCUUAAGUGUUUAUUCCAGAGAGGAAGGUAAACAGAUGCACCAUUCUCGAAUCUGCAUCUGGUCUAGUCACGGCAGUCCACGGGAAGGUGGCAUCCGAGCGGCGUGGGUGUGAGGGGGAGGCCCCCGAGACGUGGGUUUGCGGACUGACGGCCUGCCUGUGAACUGCUGGAUGUCUCUGGGCUCCAGAACUUCGGGGGAUUCCCGUGGUGUCCGCUUGACCCCUCCCAGCUCCUGCUGGGCUCUGUCGGGGUCGGGAGGAGGUGAUUUCCUCUCCCACCCCGCAGAGAAGCUGAAGGAAAGGACAUUGAAUUCAGUGCAGUCAACCUGAGUGCUAAAAAAUUCCCAGGAUCCAUGGUGGUGCUAAACUCUUUCCAUGUUUCUAAUAUUUUUAAUUGUGGGUUUUGUUCUCAUCACAAAAAAAGCGGUGUCCUUGGGGACAGGACCCAGCCCCUUGACCUGCCACUUUCCAGGUGUCCGUCGUCACCGGGACGGGACGCUCUGGUCUGCAGAAACACUCUGUUGUGGCAUGCUUCUAGACUGUAAGAUUUGGGUUGUUUUGUUUUGUAUUUUGUUUAUGUUUACAUGCAUCUUCUUGUAUUUCCCAGAAAAUCAAAUAAAGUUUUUGGCCUUUUUAACUGCA